AUGAAUGGGAAUUUGACAAACGUGAUUAAUGAGUGUGCUGCUGAUCGACAAAUACAAAUAUUUGAGUGGAUUUUGAUUAAAGAAAUAGGAAAAGGCUCGAGAUCGAACGUUUUUCUUGCAAAAAAUACAGAAACCAACCAAAUACUUGCUGCAAAGAUAUAUGAUAAAGGCUUACUACUUAGACAAACUCUAGAAAACGUUGAUCCGCCAUAUGUUGCUGUUCAACGAGAAAUUGAAAUUAUGGCUGCAGUUGAUCAUAGAUAUAUAUUAGACGCUAAAGAAGUUAUAGAAGACGAUAUACUAAACGCUAUUAUCAUAUUAAUGUCAUAUGCAGAGCGUGGAACUUUGCAAGAUAUGAUCGAAGCGAAGAAGUUUACAGAAGAUAUGAUACCGAUCUGCUUUUUCGAAAUAGCCGAGAGCUUGCGUUAUUUACACUCGUUGAAUAUCGUUCAUCGCGAUAUUAAGCCAGAAAAUAUUCUCGUUUUUUCGGAUACGGAAUUUGUUUUAUCAGAUUUUUCAGUAUCAACUGCACUAUCAGACGAGAAUCAAAAGUUGGACGAUACAAUGGGUUCCCCUGCCUUUUUAUCUCCAGAAGAAUGCGACCAAGACUCUUUUGCUCCAAAGCCUGCAGACGUUUGGGCGUAUGGAGUUUCGCUAUACUACUCGGUAUUUAAGAAAUUUCCAUUCAAUCUUGACUCUUGCCACGGUCAGAAUGCGGCUAAUACGGCAAUUUCAGUUACUAACCUACUUACAACAGAACUUUUAACAUUCCCUGAAGGAACUGAUGAAAAUUCUGAUGUAGUUCGACUUUUGAAAUCAAUUUUAAAUAAAGAUCCUACAAAAAGGCCAACUUUUGAAGAAAUCAUCAAGGAUAAGUACUUUGAUGUUGCUCUCCCUAUUGAUGAGGUCAACAAAAAGAAAUGGCUUGAUAAAAAGAAAGAAUCUUCAGUCGAUAUAAUAAAUCCUCAAGCAGAAGAAGAGGAAGAAGAGAAAAAGUCGAAUGAUGCUUUUGUUAUAUAG